GCAGGAGCAGAGAGCAGCCAUUGCUGUGUCUGGCAGCAGGAUUACACAGUAGUGAAGAAGACAUCUGCUAAGUGUGAGACACCUAGAAGCCAUCCCUGUGUGUCAGGAGGACUGUGCAGGACCCAGAUCCCCAUCACGGUGCCUCCACCUCACUUACUGAUACAUGAGCGACACAAUGACCAUAAGAUCCUGAAACUCACCAACAAGAUAAUUCAGCUGCUGACUGGACAGGAGGAGGAGUAUAUAGAGGAACACAGGGGUCUGUACAAGGACGUGAUGAUGGAGAAUCACCGGCCCCUCACAUCACUGGAUGGGCCCAGUAACAGAGAUACCCCAGAGAGAUGUCCCCGUCCUCUGUAUUCCCAGGAUUGUACAGAGGAGAAUCACAGGAUCCCACAGGAGGAUCAGGUACAACGUCUGUCUGAUAUUAAAACAGAAGAUAUAGAGGGAGAAGAAGAGACGUAUGUGACUGAUAUAGAGGCAGAAGAUACAGAGGGAGAAGAAGAGACCUAUGUGAUUGAUAUAAAGGCAGAAGAUAUAGAGGGAGAAGAAGAGACGUAUGUGACUGAUAUAAAGGCAGAAGAUACAGAGGGAGAAGAAGAGACGUAUGUGACUGAUAUGAAGGCAGAAGAUAUAGAGGGAGAAGAAGAGACGUAUGUGACUGAUAUAAAGGCAGAAGAUAUAGAGGGAGAAGAAGAGACGUAUGUGACUGAUAUAAAGGCAGAAGAUAUAGAGGGAGAAGAAGAGAUGUAUGUGACUGAUAUAAAGGCAGAAGAUACAGAGGGAGAAGAAGAGACGUAUGUGACUGAUAUAAAGGCAGAAGAUACAAUGGGAGAAGAAGAGACGUAUAUGACUGAUAUAAAGGCAGAAGAUAUAGAGGGAGAAGAAGAGACGUAUGUGACGGAUAUAAAGGCAGAAGAUACAGAGGGAGAAGAAGAGACGUAUGUGACUGAUAUAAAGGCAGAAGAUAUAGAGGGAGAAGAAGAGACGUAUGUGACGGAUAUAAAGGCAGAAGAUAUAGAGGGAGAAGAAGAGACGUAUGUGACUGAUAUGAAGGGAGAAGAAGAGACGUAUGUGACUGAUAUAAAGGCAGAAGAUAUAGAGGGAGAAGAAGAGACAUAUGUGAAUGAUAUAAAGGCAGAAGAUAUAGAGGGAGAAAAAGAGACAUGUGAAUGA